AUGGCGACCUCUUUGACAAGUUGGUGUGUAUCAUGCAUUCAUGGCGAUGUCAACGUGCAUAACGAUGGCCCCAGGAAUUUAUCGCCCGCGAAUUGCGGAAUAAUUCUCGUCCCUUUGGCGGGAUACAGGUAUGCUCGUCGACACAGAGACAAGUAUAGUAAACUGCUAAAUUUUUAUCAGUUGGUGCUGUCCGGUGACUUUUGCCAGCUCCCACCAGUUCCCGACAGGGAUAAACAAUCAGCCAAGUUUGCCUUCGACGCCAACUCAUGGGAUGCUUGCGUCGGACGGCCCGUCGUCCUCCACCGCGUCUUCCGACAGAAAGACCAGGCCUUCGUCGACAUGUUGAAUUCCAUGCGAUUCGGACACCUUACUCCACAGACGGUCACCGAGUUCAGGAAGCUCUCUCGCAAGGUUACAUACACUGACGGUAUCGAUCCAACAGACCUGUUCCCGACACGAAUAGAAGUCGACAACGCCAAUAGCGCGCGCCUCGCACAGCUUCCUGACCCACAUCCUCACACGUAUCUCGCCAUUGACAGACCAGGAAGGGACGAGAGAGGCAAUGAGAUCCCUUCAGAGAGGGCGAGAACGCUGCUAGAUCGGCUGGUCGCGCCGAAGGAGCUUGUACUCAAGGUACUCCCUCGUUAUAGUCUCAGCUCCACGGGAAUCAUGACGGCCCUUCUAGAUCGGUGCUCAGGUUAUGUUGAUCAAGGUCAGUUGGCCUCGCAGGUAUCCGUAUCGAGUGAAUGCAUAAUCAGCUUGUCAGAAUCUCAUUCAAGGCGAGCUGGUAAACGGGUCUGUCGGGCGAGUUGUUGCGUUUAG